UCCUUCACUCAGUUGUUCAAAUUCCUCUUGUUCAGCCAAUCGCAAAUCCAUCGCUCGAAAAAGGUACACUUCAAUCUCCAUAUUUCAAUUCCAAAAAACCCUAGUUGCAUUCAUAUGCUAUACGUAUAUCUAUAGAUUACAAGUUUUUCAAUAUACUCUUCCGUAAAACCCUAGAAUGGAGUGGAACCCCGAAACCCUACAAUUUCUGUCCCAAUGCUUCCUUAAUACGCUGUCUCCGUUACCGGAGCCACGCCGUCGAGCUGAAGCGGCACUUGUCGAGGCCUCUGAGAGAUCUAACUAUGGCCUCGCCGUCCUUCAGCUCGUAGCUGAGCCUUCUGUUGAUGAGCAGAUCCGUCAUGCUGCUGCCGUUAACUUUAAAAAUCACCUCAAGGCCCGUUGGGCUCCAUCUCCUCCUAAAGAACCAAAUGUUCCAUCCUUAACCCCAAUUUCAAACGCUGAAAAGGAGCUUAUUAAAAGUUUGAUUGUUUCUCUUAUGCUUAAGUUGUCACCCAAGAUACAGUCUCAGCUCAGUGAAGCAUUGGCCGUCAUUGGUAAGCAUGAUUUCCCGUUACAGUGGCCCACUUUGUUGCCUGAGCUUGUUGCCAACCUUGUUAGUUUGACACGAGCGAAUGAUUAUGUUUCUGUUAAUGGUGUUUUAGCUACGAUUAAUUCUUUGUUUAAGAAGUUUCGAUAUCAGUUUAAGACCAAUGAGUUGCUUGUCGAUUUGAAAGAAUGUCUUGAUAAGUUUGCUAAGCCACUUUUGGAACUGUUUAAAAGAACAGUGAGUGUAAUCAAUCAAGCUGUGGCGUCUGGGGCUGCAGAUGCAGCGACUUUGAAACUGUACGUAGAAUCUCAGAGGUUGUGCUGUAGGAUAUUUUAUUCGUUGAAUUUUCAGGAGUUGCCUGAGUUCUUUGAGGACCAUAUGGAUGAGUGGAUGCUUGAGUUUAAGAAGUAUCUCACUGUGAAGUACCCCGUGCUUGAGGACAGUGGUAAUGAUGGUCUUGCUGUUGUCGAUGGCCUGCGUGCUGCAGUGUGUGAAAAUAUUGGUCUUUAUAUGGAGAAGGAGGAGGAACUGUUUCAAAAGUAUUUAAGUGGGUUUGUGGAGGCUGUAUGGAGUCUUCUUGUGGUUUCAUCUGCAUCUUCUUGCAGGGAACGGCUAACUGUUACUGCAAUCAAGUUCUUAACCACUGUUAGUACAAGUGUUCAUCAUGCUCUCUUUGAAAGAGAUGACAUAUUGGAACAGAUUUGUCAGAGUAUUGUUAUUCCCAAUGUGAUGCUGAGGGAUGAGGAUGAGGAGUUGUUUGAAAUGAACUAUAUUGAGUUUAUUAGAAGGGAUAUGGAAGGGAGUGAUCUUGACACGAGGAGGAGGAUUGCAUGCGAACUGCUCAAGGGCAUUGCCAUGCAUUACAAAGCCAAGGUCACGGAGAAGGUUUCCCUUCAAAUCAAAAAUUGUUUGGCCUUGUUUGCUCAGAAUCCAGAAGCAAAUUGGAAAUAUAAGGAUUGCGCUAUCUAUUUGGUCGUCUCCCUUGCCACUAAAAAGGCAGGUGGUAGUUCAGUCUCAACUGAUCUUAUAGAUGUUGAGAACUUUUUUGGUUCAGUUAUUGUACCAGAGCUGCAAAGUAGGGAUGUGAAUGCUUUUCCAAUGUUGAAGGCAGGUGCAUUGAAGUUCUUUACUAUGUUUAGAAAUCAGCUGCCAAAGGCUGUUGCAAUGGCAUUACUUCCAGAUGUUGUGCGGUUCCUUGCUUCAGAGUCCAACGUGGUUCAUUCUUAUGCUGCGAGUUGCAUCGAGAAACUCUUGCUUGUCAAAGAUGAAGGAACACGAGCAAGAUAUACAGCCACAGAUAUUAGUCCCUUUUUGCUUGUGUUGAUGUCGAACCUUUUCAGUGCCUUGGAGAAGCCAGAAUCCGAGGAGAAUCAAUAUAUAAUGAAGUGUAUCAUGCGAGUGCUUGGAGUUGCUGAAAUUUCUCGUGAUGUUGCUUCAGCUUGCAUAACUGGUCUGACAAAUGUUCUCAACAGAGUCUGCCAGAACCCAAAAAAUCCUGUCUUUAACCAUUAUCUUUUCGAAUCAGUCGCUGUUCUUAUUAGGAGAGCCUGUGAGAGGGAUCCUACUCUCAUAUCUGCUUUUGAAGGAAGCCUUUUCCCUAGCCUCCAGAUGAUCUUAGCUAAUGAUGUGAGCGAGUUCUUCCCUUAUGCAUUCCAACUGUUGUCCCAGCUAGUUGAGUUGAAUAGACCUCCUGUACCUCAGCACUACGUGCAGAUCUUUGAGAUUCUCCUUUUACCUGAGUCAUGGAAAAAGUCGGCAAAUGUUCCUGCUCUUGUUCGCUUGCUCCAAGCAUUCCUUCGUAAGGCACCCCAUGAGCUAAACCAACAGGGCAGGCUAUCUAAUGUUCUGGGUAUUUUCAAUACACUAAUUUCAUCUCCCAGCACAGAUGAACAGGGGUUUUAUGUGCUCAAUACGGUUAUUGAAAACCUUGGGUAUGAUGUGAUAUCACCUUUUGUCGGCCACAUUUGGGUUUCACUUUUUAACCGGCUGCAGCAUGGCAGAACAGUGAAGUUUAUGAAGAAUCUUGUGAUAUUCAUGUCUCUUUUCUUGGUCAAGCAUGGGUUACAAAAUCUUGUGGUUUCGAUGAAUGCUGUUCAAAAGGAUGUCUUCCAUACAAUUGUGGAGCAAUUUUGGGUACCUAACCUCAAGUUAAUCACAGGAUCAGUUGAACUCAAGCUGACUUCAGUUGCUUCAACUAAACUAAUAUGUGAAUCUUCAACAUUAUUGGAUUCCAAGGUUCGGGGAAAAAUGCUUGACAGUAUUGUUACUCUUCUCUCUAGGCCAGAGGAAGAGAGACUGUCGGAGGAGCCAGACGUUCCAGACUUUGGGGAGACUGUGGGUUAUAAUGCAACUUUUGUCCAUCUUUAUAAUGCUGGGAAGAAAGAAGAGGACCCUUUGAAGGAAGUGAAUGAUCCAAAGCAAUAUUUGGUGGCUUCCUUGGCAAAUCAUGCUGCUAGUUCGCCUGGGACAUAUCCACAACUUAUUAGAGAAAAUCUUGAGGCAGCAAAUCAAGCAGCACUUCUUCAGCUCUGCAGCUCCUAUAAUCUUUCAAUUGUUUGAGAACAAUCUGUGUGUGCAGGAUUUUUGGUAGGCGCACAUCAUGACUUUGAAUCUGUGCUGGUGAACUAGGUCUAGUAUUUAAGUGGAGAAAGGCAGGGCAGAGGAGACGACCCAUUAUUCACCAAGUUCCUGAGCUAGAAACAAUGUAUUUAUUGGUUAUUAAGAAAAAAAGGCCUUUGUUGAGAAAAAAAAAAGUUGUCUGGUGGAGACCCGUGACUUCAUGGAAAUAUACAAUUCACCUUAUCAAUGAAAAGAUUAAUAUAUAUUCAUUGGUUCCUAUCUCAUGAUCUUAUACUUGAAGACAUGUUGUAAUAUGACUCAAGCUGCUGAUACGGACACAUUCAAGAAUGCUUGUCAACAUGGCAGACUGACCCUUUCUAUGCCUCGGUUUAUUUUUGUCCUUUUGUUUCAAAGAAUGAUCCCAGUUGACUUCUCUUGUUUGUAUGUUUGUUGUCCUUCUACCUUCUGCAUUCUAUCUCUCUGUUUUCACAUUCCUCUCUUUUCCUCUAUCGGUGGAGCAUUCUUAGUUAGAAACAGCCAUGCUUUCUCCAGCCUUCGCUUUGCCUCUUGUUUACCUGUUUGCAUGUGUCGUAUAUGAAUCCUAUUGCGUCUUCUGUGAAAUCAGAAAUUUCAUGACUUAUGAUCUUUGCCUUUGGCAUUUGCCUAAUUUACUGACUGAACUUGUUUUGGAACUUCCUUGCAUAACCUGUCCUGCUGCAUUGGCAUCUGCUUAUCCUGGCAUUACUUUGACUUCAUAUAAUUUGGGUUUCUUGUGUGUUGGAACAUUUCCUACGUCUAUCAGCCCCGAAAAGAAAAGCCAACCACAACUACAAAUAUUGUUGAAAUGAAAUGUCACGGGUUAGUGCAGAUAAUGUGUUUGUGCCCCUUUUUGUUAAACGAUGCACCAUUGAUGAGCGUAUAUUAAAAUUUCUUGAUUUGACGCUGAGUAGCUAGAAUCUAUAUCUCUAUUAUCUAUUAGGCACUUGGCAAUAUGAUGGUCAAGCUCAGUUCUGGUGCUUGUAUCUUUGUUUGUCAUCACUUCAUUAUGUUGCAUGAACUCAUGCUUAAGAAAAGGGAAGUGGGUCAAGCAUCCAUUUUACCAUUGUUCUUGAAUUUUGUUACAUGGUUGAUUUUAUUCUCUCUUUUUUUGUUUCUUUCUUUAACUCUGCCAUGGACUAGGACUUUACUUCUUAAGGUCUUAAAUCUGUUGGUUGACCUCUGUUUUCUCAUUUCAAUUUACCUUUGUGAUCUACUUUAUCCACAGGGUGCCUUUCAACUUGUAUGCCUUAUAAGUUAUA